AUGUUGGGUAGAAGACCACUCGAUUUAAGACCUCUACGGAUUGAAAGCAGGAGAGUUGUUUUGGAUGGGUGUGCAGACGCGGCCGGAGGGCGGAGGCUGCGCUCGGGCGAGGGAGCGGGCGGCGCGGCGCCUGGCACGAGACUGCCGCCCGCCCGAGCGUGCCGCCCGCCCUCGCACCUCGGCCCUCCGAGCGCCAACAAAACACAGAUCGCGAGUCCA